GAAAACGUUUCGUACCUUGAAGAAGAUCGGGCUUGACCUGAGUCGAUUUUGAUCAGUGACGAUUUCAUUCAGAGAUUUUAGGCAAGACUUGUACGUUUGUAUAUCGUCAUUGUUAGUUCAGGUGUUCAUAGUUGUAUAAUCAAGUGCUUAGAAAAUGGGGUCCGAGACCCGAAUUCUCGGAGGAAGUCUGCACAUCUUGUUGUUGUUAUCUACAUUCAUCAUUGGAAUACAGUCUUUCAACUCAAAGCUCUUCCAUGAUGCAGACUUAGUGUUCGAUGAUUCUUCCUCAAAUUCAACUAGCGGCGCUAGUGAUCAGCAAGCACACCAUAUAGUUCAGAGAAAAAAGACGAUCAACAGAAAUAUCGAAGAUGAUAGUCUAUUCGAUUUGGGAAACUUCGAUGAUAAUACCGUAGCUGUCGAGGAUGACGAUAUCGACGCAUUCGGCGAUGAACAAGAUGAUGAUGAUGAAAUGGUCAACGAAGAUGGGACCACCAUCGCGGUACACAAAGAUGAAGGGCAGAGCUGGUUGGUGCGAAGCGUGCAUAGAAUUAAACGCAGUAUCGAUAAUUUAAUCAAUGGUAGUGAACUUCCAGUGCAUAAAAAUGAAGAGAAAAAAACUAAAAAACCACGUAACGGUAAGAAAAAGUUACAAAAACAUGAAAAAAAUAGUAAAAAUAAGCACGAGAAUCAGGUGAAAAAUGAAAAGAAAGAAAAGAAACCAAAAAAGGUGUCACAUACCGAUGACAAUAAAAAAAGGAAUCACCAAAAGAUGCUUCGAUUGAAAAGACAGUAUGAAGGAUUGACCGACGAUGAAGACACGAUAUCAGGAUCGGGCGGACAUACUGAUGGGUUCGAAUUUGAAUACGCCUAUAAAUUAACUUUAACAGUGUUUGAAGCAUACGAUCCAGAGUUUGAAGAUAAGGAAAGUAACCUGUUCAAACAAAUUGCAAAAGAUGUUGCAGAGAAACUGCACGCUCUGCUCAGUGACUUGGAUUACGAUGCAAACUUUAUCAUCACUGUACAUAAACUGGAACCAAAUUCGAACAAUCCGCGGGAAACUUUCGUCACUUUUGAAAUAAAUGUCGACAAAAGCAUCACUAGAGCCGUUAUUGAUAACUACCUUCGCUCAGCGAUCCAGAAUGGAUAUGAAAACUUCGACAUCAAGGGAUACAGUCUCACGGCAGAAGGUGCAACAGACGAAGAUUAUGGCGAUGCAGACUAUCAUGAUGCAGGUCCUGACAAACCACUCGAAACGUUUACCGAAAAGUCAUUUGUCACUGAGCGUGCCUACACGUUGUCCAGUUUGAAUAAUUCAGACGAUGAUAACCUGGCGGAGGAUGAGAACGAUAUAGGUGAACCAACGGACAGAAAUGAUGUCGAAGAAAAGCCAGUGACAGAAACCGAAGCACCAACAGAAAGAUCAACACACGAAGUGCCAAAUACCGAGGACAAAUGCCGUGGCGACGAUAAAUUCCGGUGCGAAACCAGUAACGUUCUCAUCUGCGAGGUGCAAAAGUGUGAUGGACACCGGGACUGCCCCAAUGGGGAAGACGAAAUUAAUUGUUCUGCUAACUGCCGGGAUGAUGAAUUUAGCUGUGACCAAGACAAGUGCAUAUCUAAAUUGAAAUUGUGUGAUAACGUCCGUGACUGCGAAGAUGGUUCUGACGAACAAAAUUGUCCAACUACACUACCUCCCAUAACAGCUUGUUGUCCUUCAUACUAUCACGUGAUUUCGUUCACCGAUUUUAUACCGGAUCGCCUGGUGAUCAUUAUGCAUAUACUGCAAAAGGUAACUUCGAUGAUGGAUCCAUGGCCAUCUUUCCGGAAAGUGCUGAUGGUCAACGGUCAACGAUCAAAAUGA